CGGGGCCGUGCCGGGCCGUGCUCGCCGUGCUGGCGGGGGCGGUGCUCCCGCCGGCGGCCGGGACUUCCUGUGACGGACCAUUUCCUGCGCGGAUGGGGCCGGCGGGGGGCGGUGGCGGUGGGGUCGGCCCCUGACGGGCUCGGUGGCCGCCGGGAGCUCCGCCACGCAGCGAUGCGGGUCCCGGGCCUUGCCGGCAGGCGGCCCCCGCCGUGAGCCGCCCCGCGGGGGAGCUGCUGGGGCUGCGGCUGCGGCAGGCCGGCUGGCCGGCCGGCGCUGCGGGGUGCAUGGGGGCGCCCCACGCCCGCAGAGAGGUGUGACUCCUCCGGAGGACGGCUCUCGGCCCCGCAAGGCCAGCGGCCCUCGGAGCCCCUCGACCGGGCUCCAGGAGCAAAAAAAAAAAAAAAAAAAAAAAGAGGAGGGGGCACGUUAUCCCGACGAGAGCAUCGACCCCCUUCCCAGGCGGCUGCUGCCUCCUGAGAGAUGAAGAAGUUUUUCGACUCGCGUCGGGAGCAGGGUGGCUCUGGCCCCGGGUCAGGCACCAGCGGCGGCGGCGGCGGCGGCAGCGGAGGCCCCGGCAGCGGGUACAUCGGCAGGGUGUUCAGCAUCGGCCGCUACCAGGUGACGGUGGACGAGGUGCUGGCCGAAGGUGGAUUUGCAAUAGUCUUUCUUGUGAGGACUAACAAUGGGAUGAAAUGUGCCCUGAAGCGGAUGUACGUCAAUAACGAGUACGACUUGCAAGUCUGCAAAAGAGAAAUCCAAAUCAUGCGGGAUCUGUCAGGCCAUAAGAACAUUGUUGGAUACAUUGAUUCCAGUAUAAACUCAGUAAGCAGCGGUGAUGUGUGGGAAGUGCUGAUACUAAUGGACUUCUGCCGAGGAGGGCAGGUGGUGAACCUCAUGAACCAGCGCCUGCAGACAGGUUUCACUGAGAAUGAGGUGCUGCAGAUCUUUUGUGACACCUGUGAAGCCGUAGCGAGGCUGCACCAGUGUAAAACACCAAUAAUCCACAGGGAUCUGAAGGUUGAAAAUAUCCUGCUGCAUGAUCGUGGCCACUAUGUCCUGUGUGACUUUGGAAGUGCCACUAACAAAUUCCAGAACCCUCAAACAGAAGGGGUGAAUGCAGUAGAGGAGGAGAUCAAAAAGUACACUACGUUAUCCUACAGAGCACCAGAAAUGGUCAACCUGUAUAGUGGCAAACUUAUUACUACAAAAGCAGACAUAUGGGCACUUGGCUGUUUGCUGUAUAAGUUGUGUUACUUCACCCUGCCGUUUGGGGAGAGUCAGGUGGCAAUCUGUGAUGGCAACUUCACCAUUCCAGAUAAUUCUCGGCAUUCGCAAGACAUGCACUGCCUCAUCCGGUAUAUGCUUGAACCAGACCCUGAUAAGAGACCUGAUAUUUAUCAGGUGUCCUACUUUGCAUUCAAACUGGCAAAGAAGGAAUGCCCGGUCCAGAACGUCCAGAACUCUCCAAUCCCUGCUAAGCUCCCAGACCCAGUCAAAGCAAGUGAAGCUGCUGCAAAGAAGAGUCAACCCAAGGCCAGGUUGACAGAUCCCAUUCCUACAACAGAGACGUCCAUUGCACCCCGCCAGAGACCUAAAGCAGGACAGACACAACCCAACCCUGGAAUUUUACCUAUUCAGCCAGCCCUCACACCUAGAAAGAGACCCACAAGCCAAGCAGCAAUUCAGCCACAAGUUGCAGGGCCUGCUGCCUUGGGCAGUGGUCAGCCUUCCCUCCCUGCAAGUGUUCCCCAGCAAAAAGCAGCACUUCAACAGACUCCGGCACAGCCACAAGCCAAACAAGCUCCGGCUCCCCAGCAGGCAUCGCAGGCACAGACCCAGGUCUCUUCUGCUCAGCCACAAGCCACACCUCAACACCAACAGCAGCUUUUCUUGAAGCAGCAGCUGCUGCAGCAGCAGCAGCAGCAGGCUGCAUAUUACCAGCAGCAGCAGAUGAUGCAAGCUCAGCAGUUCCCAGUGAUGCAGCAGGGAGCACCAGCACAGCAGCAGCUGAUGCAGAACUACUACCAGCAGCAGCAACAACAACAGCAGCAGCAGAUGAUGGCCCAGCAGGCAGCAAUGCAGCAGAAAACAGCAGUAGCAGCAGUUCAGCAAAAGCAACAGACUCCAGCACCUCCACAGACCCAGCAAAGUGUGGCCCAGCCAACGCCACAGCACGAACAAGUGAUGCAGGCACAAAUAAGACAACAAAAACCUCAAACCACACCACCUACAGCAGUUCAGGGGCAGAAGCUGGGUUCUCUCACCCCUCCAUCCUCCCCUAAGACACAACGUGCAGGACACAGGAGGAUUCUGAGUGAUGUGACACACAGUGCUGUUUUUGGGGUUCCAGCCAGCAAGUCUACCCAGCUCCUGCAGGCAGCUGCUGCUGAAGCCAGUCUCAACAAGUCCAAAUCUGCUUCCACUACACCCUCGGGUUCCCCAAGGACCUCACAGCAGAAUGUCUAUAACCCACCUGAUGUCUCCACAUGGAAUCCAUUUGAUGAUGAUAACUUCUCCAAACUCACAGCUGAGGAGCUGCUGAACAAGGACUUUGCAAAGUUGGGUGAUGGAAAAGCUCCAGAAAAGAUGGGCAGUUCCACAGAGAACUUGAUUCUGGGUUUCCAGCCGGCUUCUUCUGCAACUCAGACAGAUGCAUUUGGUGGCUCUUCUUCCUUCACUGCUGGAACAGCUGAAAAAACGAAAGACAUUCUGAAUUUGGACACUAGCCCUCCUCUUCUGACUGUGCCUGAUCCUUUCAUUCCUCUCCCAUUAUCCGACACACCAGGUCUGCAGAGGGAUCCAGCCCUAUUUCCAGUUGUAGCUCUUGAUGUCUGUAAAGGACCUGCUGGCAGUGAUGGACUUGCUUUGUACAAAGGUCAGUCUGAGAUGCUAGAGGUGAAAACCCAGCACAACUCAGAGUCAGACUACUUAGCAAGAGAUGGUCCUUCAAGCAAUAGCUCCUUCUACAGCAGUGAAGGAGAGGGGACAGACCAUGAAGGAGAUAUUUUGGAUUGUAGUGGGUCCAGGCCUUUACUGAUGGAUUCAGAAGAGGAGGAGGAAACCUGCAAGCUGGGCCCAGGGUUCCUGCAAGCUGGGCCCAGGGAAAGACAGGAGGCUUCCAAAGAUGCCCACUCCCAGUCUUCCCAGGCCAGAGCAGGGGAGAUGCCAUUCCCUGCCUUCCAGUCGCACUCUGGGGAGGUUUUUAAUGAACCAGAUGUUUUUGCCACGGCUCCUUUCCGAAGCUCAAGAAAAGUGCCUGAUGAGGUGGAUGUCUUUACCAAAGCUCCUUUCAUCUCCAAGGGCAAUGUGGCUCACAGACACCCAGAAGAAGCCGAUGUGUUUCUGAGAGCCCCUUUCACAAAAAAGAAGAGCAUGGAAGAGUUGACUUCUCAUAGCAUGCCUAAGGAACAAUUCACACUUCCUGUUUUCAUAAGUCAAGCAGGUGACAUCCAACACAGAGCCAGCCCUAUGUUCCAAAGCCUGGAUACAGCAUUUCAUGGGUCCACGGCCUUGGCAAGACCUCAGUAUCCCUCUGCAGGCUUUGCUCAGCUGACCAAUCUUCCUCCUUCUUCUGUAAGAGCAAUGGAGGCCCAGGAGAACAUCCCUUCUAAAGGUGUGCAGCCCGACCACAGCGUCAUGCCCAGUGAGAGGAACCAAGGACAGGUGCUCCCACAAGAAGCCAUCCUGGGCUCCAUGGUUAACAAGCCUUUCCGUCCACAAUCCUUGUCAAAAUACUCCCGUCACUACAGUCCAGAAGAUGGGCAAAGUCUUGAAGUCAAACCCAUAGCUGCUUACAAAGUGGUUUCUCAGACCAACAGACAGGCAAUAGCAGGGUCUGUCUCUGUUGCCUCUCUGUCUUCCAGGACUACAGAACUGCCCGAGGGGGAUCCUUUUGCUUCAGCACCCUUUCCUUCCAAAGCAGGAAAGCAAAAGCCUUAAUCUGCUGUGAGCUGGGAGGUGUGCUUCCUGUAGAACACAUCUCAUGGGACCUUGAACAUCUUAGUUGAAUUGAAUGACAUAGCAAUAUAUAUAUAUUAUUAUUAUUUGGUCAGAACUCUAUUUGCAGUGAUACAUAAUUGAACCAUUUUAAGUUAUGUUAGGUAAUCUGAAUGCCUGGCUCUCAGGAUCUUCAUAUCCUUUUCAAUUGCUUCUUACCUUCCUCCUCUCGCUGCCUUCCACGCCACCCCCAGUUAUUUUUAGAUGCUUUUCCAAAACAGUAAUAUUCCAUACUUUCUGGCUGGGGAAAGGUGUUAUAAGAUGAAUUAGGAGGCUUAUUCAUUACAGAGCAAGUCAAGCAGGACUGGCUCAUGCUCUGGCAAAGAAGUGAUUUUGCAUGUUGAAGGGUUAUUGGGACUCCGUUCCCAGCAGUGGGGGCUUCUGGAGGACAGCAAGGUGACAUGUUCUGCUGCUGGUAGCACUGGCAAGCUUGGCAGCUGAGGCUCCAGGGUCAUCCUCUCACCUACAGUGCGUGUCUGUAGGUUUUUAUGCACAAUAGACAAUGCCUAGCACCAGGUCUAUGCAGUACAGAGGUGAGCAGAACAGUGGCAGCCAGCACCUCUUAGCUUGCUGCCAUGUGCAGAGCGCAGUGUGUCAGCGCCUGGAGCAUUUGGUAGGAGGACUUGGUGCCUUCCACUGCUUGUCUUUCAAACGCUCGAGAAUUGAAACUUCAGUGUAGCAAUCUGUCAGGCUGCUACCACUGCUGUUACUAGGAAAAUCAAAAGAUCAAGCAAACUUUGACAUGCAUGCAUCGUCUGGUUUAUGCCAAAGCGUAGGACCCAGAAAUUUGCUUUUGUUGUUGUGAAGGAGAGAGCUGUGCAUUAUUACAGUAUUAAAAAUAUGCCUGAUGAAAGUUUAUUAUGGAAACAACCUGACAGAUGUCCUGAUCUGCAUACCUCAUUUGGUGUAAUUCUGCAUUGGGUGCAGUCCGGUUAGACUGAUAGAUGCUAGCAGAGAAGUUGACUCUAGAUUCAUCAGUUCUGCCUUUUGUUUUCUUAUCAAUCAAGAUGAACCCAAACAAAAUCUACUCACUCUUCUCUGGUAACAUUUGCUCUGCUUCAGAAAUCUUGUGCUUCCUACCAUAUUCUCAAAGAGAAAGACAUAAUCUUCCUGUUUGUUCUGCCAUUGACGUAGUGAAUCCCAAUAUAGUGUUUGGUGGGAAAAUAGUCCAGAAUGUUUACUCCAGCUGUUUAUCACCUGCUGGCCGCUAGGCAGAAAUAAAGUAGACUUUGCUCCCCUCUCUUCACAAUAAUACAAGGCAGAGAUAAGAGUGAAACCUCCUGCCUUUGUUUUUGCAAAGUGCCUGUUGCAUUGCUUGUCUUGGUCCUGCUGUUUCUGGCCAGUGGCAGCUAUGUAUUUGUAAGUAUUGUCUGGUUUCAAAGCAUGCAGGUGUAAGGGCUAUUUAGGCUUGCAGUCACUUAUGCCUCUGUAGUGCAGUGGUCCUCCGUCCUAACAGGUGCUGAUGCUGCAGAAUGUCUCCCAAGGACAAUCUCCAGUUGUUUUGUUUGCAAGGGCUUCCCCAUUGACUCCAGGAGUUUCUGCCAAGCCUCUCGAAAGCCUUGCAGUGACCAUUUCCCAAGUGAAUUUGAUCCUUAUCCUGUAAGCUGUAGCCUUGCGCAGAGGAUAGAGGACAGAUUUUGCCUUUGGGGCUCUCUCACAAGUGGCUUUGAGCUUUUGUGGGGGAGUUGUUGGAGCUGGCUGCUGAGGUAGGUUGCUGCGGUCAGGGCCUGCUGCAAAUGGAACAUGUUUCUGUCCUGCCCUCUUCACAAUGUGCUUGCACUCAGAGAGAAGAUUCAGGACUACUGUCCCACUAAGGGAGGGAAGGGCCAAUGUAACUCCUUGUAAUUUGCUGGCAUCACACCAGCGAAAGCUGCUGCAGCCAAAUUCAGUCUAGUUUUGGGAAAAAAAAAAAAAAAAAAAAAAAGACACCACCUCCAUCCAUAGCUUUCUAUGCCACUGAUGUCCAGAUAAUAAACAUUAAAGGAACUCUUACAGAUGCACGUGAAAACUGCUCAAACAAAGCAGAGCAGUGCACAUGAAUGGGAACACAAUUCAGGUCUCUGUUGAAUUUCAGCCCUGCAUUAAGGGGAGGGUGGAUGGAAAAGUCCGGAGCACCAGGAGAUGACAAGCAAAGCAUGUGCAGAGAGGAGUUACCGACUGCUCUGCGUUCCCUGUCCCCUCCCCAGUCUCAGUUCCCUUCCAAAACCUGCAGUUGCAAGUGAUAAGCCAAAUGUUACUGCAGGGAACACUCAGCAUUAGGUUUGCCUGGAAGACAGAGAAAGUGGGACUGAAGUGUUGAAAGCCCUGCAGAGGGGAGGGACAGCUCUUGGAGGCACGGAGGCUGUGUGCAGCUGGACCUCCUGCCCUGCUCUGCUGCAUAGCACCGGUGUGCUUCUGCUGCAGGUGUGUUCUUCCUGUGCUCCUCAUCACAUCUGGGAGAUAAGUGCUGCAAAGAAAUGUCUGGGUUUCCCUUAAGACCUUCAGUGAAGCAGAAGCUAUUGUUUAUUGCAUUUUGUUGUCAUUGAGUUUUCUGUUCAAAUACAUACCCAAGAGUGAUUGACCAUGCAGGUUGUUGCUGGAUUGGAUCAGAGGGAGAUGCCAAGGAGGACCAUGAUAUCCAACUGUGAAAUGCAGGGGAUACCAAGAAGGCUAAGCAUGAGGGUGUAGAUUUGUUUCAGCACACGGCUGUGCCAUGGCUGUGCAUGUGGCCAGUAGGCUGAAUUUGGCCUUAAGCUGUUAAAUUCACUUGGGAAGCCAACAGAAGGAAGGUCAGGGCUUGGUGGUAUAGGGAUGGAUCUGUGCACUCAGGAUAUGCUUUGCUGGAGUAAACAGGUACCACAUAUAAAUAAGAUGUGGGCUCAAGGUAUUACCUCUGCUAACUGGAUUCAUGUUCUCCUUCCUUUCAUUUUUUUUACUUGAAAAGUUGUUUUUGGAUAAUUCUGUGAAACUUCUUAAAAUGCCACAUCCAGGUCUCACGUAACAAAAGUAAGAAAAAACAAACAAACAAAAAAAACUGUGCUCACAUCAGUGAGGUGGAGGUGAGUUGUGUAUCAUUCAGAGCUCACUUUUCCGUGCUGCCAGACAUGGAAGGAUGGGGCAGCUGGGUGUGAGGGCUCACCAGCAGCACGGGCUCAGGUUGGGUCAGGAUGAAUUUCCAGCUAGCGUUUUGGCAGCUUAUGUUCCGCAAGCACUUUACACAGAGCAAGCUAACCAUGCCCCAGAAACUAAUGAUCCUGCCAGCAUGCAUCUAGUGUUUAACUUGUUUAAAAAUAUGUUGGGGGGAUGGGGAGAGAGCUUGUUUGAAUCUCUGUGUGUGACCUAUGAAGGAAUGGGCUUCUGGUUGCAGUCAGAAAAUUGAAUUUCAAUACCAAUUAGUCCGAUGCCAUUCUAAUUUCCAGCCCGUAUUCCUCCUAAUCCUGCAUGGCCAGUACUGCAGCUUCAGCAUGUUGUAUUGUAAGUGGAAAUUUCAUUUCCUUAUUUUAUGAAGCUACAGUUUCUAAUGAUCAUGGAGUAAUAGUGUUUAUAGCGUUCUUUGCCACCUAGCUGGUGAUGUUAAUGCAGUAAGACUGGUAUGGCAUCAAUACAGCAUUUUAAAGUCAAUUUUCUGAAGGAACCACUGGUUUCACCUUUUUUAAAGCUGUAGUAAAUUCUGCCAGCUGCCCUGGGUCUCCCAGGAGACCUCAUGGCCAGAGGGAUGUAGUUACCACUUAAGUCCGAUGACAAUCUUAGACAUGGUUCUUAUCCAUUGCCAACUUAACUUGAAUGCACUUAGAAACAUAGCGCUUCAAAACGAGUAAGCAGAGUUUCUGCAUGAAAAAAAGGGAAGGGCGGGGGGG